GGUUGCUAUGGCGUUCGGGCAGUGUCGGAGCUCCAAUUACAUUCGGAUCCAGGCAAACGGCUCAAGCAUGGAGCAGUGUGGGGCUGAUGCAGACUGCAAUCCAAGCCCUGGGAAUGUGAAGGUACUACUAGGAGCUGCAGACGAGAUGCUAAAGCAAAAGAAUGUGGAGUCUGUAAUGUUCGGGGGAAAGAGGAUAGGAGAGCAGACAAACAUGGAGAAGCUCGAUUGGUUUGCUGGUGAGCUCGUGCUUGAACACCAGAGAAGAAGCUGCAGGAUUGCUCCCACCGUCGCCUUCAAGCAACCAACUCCAAAGGCCACUGACACCUAGAAGCUUCGUCUUUAGUAAGGCUCUACACCACCUCUUUCAUUCCUUUGGUUACUUGCUUUUGUUCUGCUUGAUUUUAUAUAGCAGUGUAGCAUUUCUGCCCAUAGGAUCGUUAGAAGUGGAGAAGAUGAUAAAUUUGUGAUAUAUUUUAUGAUGCCUCCAGAAAUAUUAUCUAUCAUCUGUCCGGUUUCUUUUUCAAUUUUACCCUUUUUCUGUCUCUCCUUGUAUGUUACAGAUUCAAAAAUUAUCAAUAUCAGUAUGGAGGAAGUUAUCCUUUUUCCCCCCUUUCCAAGUC